AUGGACACGGAGAAAGUGGCACAACAUUCAGUCACGGAGGCUGAUUCUGCAGGAGAUUAUUCCAGCCAAACAGCCCGUAAGAGUCAUUUACGGGGGAAUGAGGUGCUCGGAAGGGUUACUGGCAAUGCCGUGAAUGGACUAUCAGAGACCUCUAAUAAUGCGUCUGGGUCGAUCCGAGGCAUCGAGUCGGGAACAUCUAACCAACAGUCAAAGGGGUAUGAAAAGUAUGGCCUUCACUGGGCACCGCUUAAUAUCCGCUUCGAGCGACGGUUACAAACACUCGUCGUCUUAUGCCAUACCUUGACAAUUGCUAUAUGUCUCGGAGUUUUUUUUUUCACCUGUGCUAUACCUCUGUCCUGGCCUCUGCUGCUACCCUAUUUGAUUCAUAUAUCAUUAUUCUCGAAUGCGGCCACAUCGGGCUCGUUAAAAUAUAGGAGUGAUUUUUUACGAUCGCUCCCUAUCUGGUCACUUUACGCCUCUUAUUUUCCGGCCCGUCUACACCGCUCUGCACCUCUCCUGCCAACAAGGAAAUAUGUAUUUGGAUAUCAUCCUCACGGAAUCAUUUCUCUUGGCGCAUUUGCAGCGUUCUGUACCGAGGCUCUACGUUUUUCGAAGCUUUUCCCUGGUAUCACAAACACGCUACUCACACUGGAUUCCAAUUUUCGGAUACCAUUUUACCGAGAGUACGCACUUUCAAUGGGUCUUGCUAGUGUCUCGCGCGAAUCAUGCGAAAACCUCCUCAGUAAAGGCGGAAUAGACGGCGAAGGCAUGGGGCGUGCUAUAACGAUUGUUAUAGGUGGUGCGCGGGAAUCCCUCAAUGCAUCACCAGGCUCAUUACGUCUUGUCUUGAAGCGACGUAUGGGGUUCAUAAAGCUAGCCAUCCGCACUGGUGCUGACCUUGUACCAGUCUUGGCUUUUGGAGAAAAUGAUCUAUACGAACAGGUCCGUUCAGAUAGCCAUCCCCUUAUUCACAAGUUCCAAAUGUUGGUGAAACAGACACUGGGAUUCACCAUUCCGCUGUUUCAUGCACGCGGUGUUUUCAAUUACGAUGUUGGCUUGAUGCCGUACCGCCGCCCGCUGAAUAUUGUUGUCGGCCGGCCAAUUCAUGUGGUUCAGCAACAGGACAGAAACAAAAUCAAUGACGACUAUAUUGAUCAACUCCAUUCAGAGUACGUGAGAGAACUUGAGAGGCUGUGGGAAGAGUGGAAGGACGUCUACGCCAAAGACCGGGUUUCUGAAAUUGAAAUAGUGGCCUAGUUGUUGGCUGAACUUGACUCUACCUGAAAAUCUCUUUGAUUGCACGAUUAAACAUCUAGUCCAGUGUUCUACUGUCAGAGGUUUAGAGUAUGACUUUAUCGGAGUCACGUGUCCAAACA